GUCAAGGAAAAAGGUGAUUAGGAGACAAUGACGACACCGUUUUCCGAGUCACCUUUUUUUUUUUCGAUACAGCAAAGAAACGCCCAAAUCGCCCACUUCUUCAUACUUUUCGUGUUCUUUGUCGUUAUCAUGUGGUCUUUUAAGCACCCUUUUACCUCCAACUGCGAAAGCUCCAACUGCGAAUCCUUCACCACCCGUAUUUUCAACGCGUUCCAACACGUGACUUUACCCUCGUGGCUCUCUGCUUCUGUGCCUCUGCCCAACCAGGUGGUUGAACAGGCCAAGAAUAUCCAAGUCGUCCUGCGUUAUCGUGAUCUCCAUGGUGACGACAAUGAGGUUUCUCCCGUUACUUUGAAGGCCAACCCGUCUUCUCCUGAAAAAGAAGUCUUGUUCGGCAAUGAGCAAGAAUGCUAUGCCUUUGAUCAUGUCUUUGAUCAAUCUUCCUCUCAAGAAUCCAUUUUCCACGAGGUGGCUGAACCUAUGAUUGAACAAAUCAUGAACGGUUAUAACUGCGCCGUGAUCGCCUGCGGACAAAGCGGCUCUGGCAAAUCUUUCACCAUGCAAGGAAAUAUGGAGGAAUUUUCCAAAAACUGUCCUAUCGACGCAGGCAUGGUGCCUCGAACCCUCUACAGACUCUUUGAAAACUUGCGACUCUUCAAAUAUAAUGCUUCUGUCCAAAUUUCUGCUGUCGAGCUGUACGAUGAUCGUCUUUACGAUUUGCUCAGAGUUCAUGACGACAACUUGAAUCCGGAAAUUCAGUUCGAUCCCACUACUUCCGGUGCGACGAUCCAGGGAUGCAACGAACCAUUGAUUCAUUCUGCUGAUGAAGGUCUUGUCAUUCUUUGUCAUGGCAUGAGAUUGCGAACCAUCGGCGCCACGCGCUCGCAUAAUACUUCAAACCGUGGCCACUGCUUUUUGACUGUUAAAGUCAAUAUUCAAGACAUUGUCGGCGAUAAGGCGAUCAUUCGGAGCGGCAAACUGACCUUUGUCGACCUUGCUGGUUCUGAAAUAGAUCACGAAGGCCAUUUCCGUCCUAUUUUCCAACACGAAGCUGCCUCUGUCAAUAAGGGCUUAUUGACCCUUCAAACUGUCAUCCAGGAACUUGCCAACUCAGAACCUACCAACUCCCACAGAUGUGACAUGCUCACAUGGUUACUCAAAGAUUCAUUGGGUGGACAUACCCAAACAUGCAUUCUGGCCACUGCCUCCACCGCCGAGGCUCAUCACAAUGACACAUUGGCCACUUUGAAGAGCGCCAUUCUCGCCAGACAUAUUAUCAAUUUCCCGCGAACUAAUGCGCCUAUCUAUUGUCAUCAUCACGUCGGCGCUUUACAAGACUCUGACAAAACGCUCAAUGCAGAAGUCAAGUAUAAUGAAGAAACAGAUCAAGUUAGCAUGUCCAAAGAAUUGUUCUAUGCUUGGGAACAUCAAUUACAUCAUUUGAGGGAGUCAUGCCAACAAAGCGCCCACGAACUGGAGAAAUACAAAGGACAAGCAUAUGAAGAAAAACAGCAAGCGCAAUUGAAACCGUUGUCAAGUCAACCCGAUGACGAUGGUGCUGAUGCUCUUGUGAAUCAAGUAUUGAGCUAUACCGAAAAGAGGCGCGAGAAGGAAGCACAAGUGGCGAAAUUAACGUUGGAAAUGCAACAGCAAAGUGAGAUGUUGGAGCACGAAAUCUUAAAUUCCCGCAAGAUGAUGGCUACACUGAGUAGCACCAUUCAAGGAAAAGAGGAGCAAAUCGCCUAUCUGAAGGACAAGAUGACGAAGUAUGAGCUGGUCAUCCAGGAAUACGACAAGAAAAUUACCCUCAUUACCGAAGCUAAAGAUGAAGAAAUCGCGCAGCUGAAUGAAAGGGUCACCAAGUAUGAACAGCUCGCCAAGGAACACGACGAUGACGUCGCCCUCAUCACCAAAAGAAAGGGUGAAGAAAUUGCGCAACUGAAAGAAACGGUGGCGAAACGUGAAAAAACGAUUGAGAACAAGAAAGACGAAAUCAAGCGCAUGUACACCGAUAACGCCCAUCAAGCGGCAUUUCUGAUUGAAGUCAUUGGGGAACGUGAACGAACGAUCGAGGAGGAUAAGAAGGAAAUGGACAGUCUAAAACGCACGAUUCAAGUCAACCAAAAAUAUCACAAGACAUACGUGCAGGACCUCGAAACCGAAAUGGAUGCUCAACGAUUACAGCUUCGAAUGCAGGUCGAAGAACUUCAAAAGCUGAAGGGCAUCGAUUCCAGCCAGGAUCAAUAUGAAAAUCAAGAAGCUGUCGUGAGCAAAAUUGAUCGUACAGAGAACCAAGUGCUCCAUUGCGACGCCCCCAUCACUACCAUCAAUGAAACCGAGCAAUCAGAAGUUUCAUCAGCAAAGGGAAUACUCCUAGAUGCCAGUAACCAAACAACAGGAAACAGGAAACGAAAGGUUGAAGAUCCUCGUGAACCACUGGCACACAAUGGCUCUGAAGCCCCAGACGUGAAAGAAGAACCUCCGGACCAAACGUCCAAACAUAAAAAUCGACCUCCACGCCGUCUUAAAAGACAAAGAACCCUCAUGUAAUUCAGCAACAGAUUGCCGCCAUCCACAACCUUAAUUCAGCAUUCCUUAUUGCUUCUCUUUCUUCCCGGUGUUUCCUUUUCUUCAUUAUAUGUUUUAUCCAUCAUCAUUCCAUUGUUUUUUACAAUUCAGAGUCUGAUUCCGUUUCAUCGUUUUUCCUCGUCGGGACAUUAUAUGUAUUUCCAGCGUAUGAAUUAUUUUCAAAUUGCGUGCAAUAAGAUUGG